AUGCCGCAAAGCCGUCGUUCCAAUCGUAGACGUCGUGCCGAUGCCAAUUCAAAUCGUAGCCGGCGUGCCAGUCGAACUCCUCGUCCCAAGUCGAACCCAAAUGCCAAUUCUAAGCUAAGUCGCCGUGCCAUUCCGAAUCAGAGUCGAAGUGCCAGUACAGAGCGGAGUCGCCGUGCCAGUAGAACUCCUAGUCCGAAUCGACGAGCCAGUCCAAAUAAAAGUCGCCGUGCCAGUCCCGACAAAAGUCGUCGUGCCAAUUUAAACCAAAGCCGACGUGCCAGUCCAAACCGGAGUCGCCGUGCCAGCCAAACUCCCAGUCCAAAUCGCCGUGCCAGUCCAGGUCAAAGCCCAACCUCCGAUGACAAUUCGUCCUGGUCUGCGAUCGAGCUCGAGGACCCUACCCUACCAAACGAAGAUUACUACCAUGGCUUCCUACUACGUGAGGACGUCGACGAGAUACUGAAAAAGGACGGUGACUUUCUGACUCGAAUCAGUGCUGGGCCAGAAGAAAUGUCACGCAAGAUUGUUCUCUCAGUUGUUGAAAACAAGGAAAAAGGCAAGGAGGGGGUAGGUUGAUAACAUUUUUUACCCUACUCCACCUUACCCUACCCUACCUGACCCUACCUUAAUUUACCCUACUCUACCUUACCCUACCGUACCAUACCAUACCUUGCGCUACCGUACCAUACCGUACCUUGCGCUACCUUACAGUGCCUUUUUUUAACGUACCGUACUUUACCCUUAUCUAUCGUACUCUACUCUACCAUACUUUACUCUAUCUUAUUUUAUGCUACCGUACUUCACCCUACCUUAUCUUAUCUUACUGUACUCUACUCUAUCCCAUUUUACCUUAUCCUACCUUAUCCGAUCCCAACCUACUUCUAUAAAAACCUCACCCCGCCCAAUUACAAAAAAAUCUUUUUGUUAACAAUUUUUAACCUUACCGUACCCUAAUAAUUUUAAAAAAAUUAUUUUGAUUUCCAGACCCUCCACUUUGUAAUGUCUCCGUCUCCCGAUGAUGGCACAUUUUACUGCCAUGGCAAUGACGAAUCCUUUCCAACCGUGCCAGAGUUGAUCAACGCCCUUAUGCAGGGUCCUGCCGGCUUUACAGUACACCCUUCAUUAAGAUUUGUCCGUUUCAUGGUUCGACUGCCUUGGCAACUCAAGCAUAGUGACAUUGAACUGGUGAAGGAGCUGAAGGCAGGCAAGUUCCGAGAAGUUUUGGAAGGAAAGUUGAAAAAAGAUGGCACUCAAACCCCCGUGGCUAUAAAGGUCCACAAAACGCAAAGUUGGACUAGUAAACAGAUUGAACAAGUUUUGAAUGAGGUGGGUUAACUUGUUGAUUGUAAAGAAAGUUCUUGUUAUUUCUUGUUUUGUAAAGAAAGUUUUUGCCAUUUUUUGCUUUGUAAAGAAAGUUCUUGUUACUUUUUGGUCUGUAAGGAAAGUUUUUUAAUGCCAUACUGUACAUACAGUAUCAGGAAACGAAGCAUUUUUUAAAUACCGUAUUGUAUAGCACUAUUAAAAUUAUUGUUAGUAUAGUACUGUUUAGUAUCAUACUGUUAAACCCUACAUAAUACUAUUUUUGUAAAAAAAUUUUAUUGUACUAUAUAGUACCAUUUAAAAUAAUAUUUCAAGUGCCGUACUAUAUAGUACUAUAUAAGAAAGUAUUUUUACUGCUGUAAAAGAUAGUACAAUUUUAAAAACAAUAUUUUUAGUGCUGUUCUAUAUAGUGCUGUUUUAAAUAUAGUUCAGUAUCGUACUAUAUAGUACUUCACAUUAAUAUAUGUUUUGUAACAUACUACAUAGUACUAUUAAAAUUUUUCAGGCUAGAGCGAUGCGAUUGCUAAAACAUCCUAACGUGAUUCGUUUCCACGGUUUAGCCGCUCUCCAAGACCCUAUACUGAUUGUCACGGAGCUAGCCGACGCCCCAUUAGCCAUUGCUUUGAGAGUGAAAUCACUGCAAGUCGAGACCAAGAUUGCAUAUUGUUUGCAAGCCUCAUAUGCACUUGAGCACCUACAUAGCAAGGGAAUGUUACAUCGCGACAUUCGAGCCAAGAGUUUUUUGAUUGUGGGAGGAACGUUGAAAUUGAGCACUUUUAGAUUGGCUGUGACUGCUAAAACGCAUGAAAUGGACGAGAAUGAAGAUUUUCCAAUUCGAUGGUAUGUUAUACAGAGUAUUGAAAGUUUAGAGAAAGGGGAGGCGCAGUAAUUUUAUGUAAUGAUAUGAUACGUUAAACUAGGCUACAGAAGCGUAAGGCUAUAGUACGGUAAUUUAGGACUAGUGUACAGUGUGGCUAAAGCAAGUUAGGGUUACAGUAGGGCAUGAAUAGUGUAGAGUAAGCUUAGAGUAGGGUAUGGAUAUGGUAGAGUAAACAUAAAGUAGAGUAUGGUAGGGCAUGAUCACAGCAGCAUGUGACUAGAACAUGGUAAGCUUACAUUAAGAUAUAACUAUGGUAGGGUAUGACUAUAAUAGGCUAGGGUUAAACUAGGAUAUGGCUAUCGUACGGUACGGCUAAAGUAUGGCAUGGCUAGGGUAGAGUAGUGAUAUAGUAGAAUGGCUAUUAUAAAAUAGGGUUACAGUAAGGAAUGGUUGUGGUAAGUUAAGAAUACGGUAGUUUAUUAUGGUAGGAUAGGGGUUCACUAAGGUAGGGCUAUCGUAGGGUAGGGCAGGGUAGAGUAGGGUAGGGUAGGGUAGGGUAGGGUUAGAAUAGGGUAAGGUAGGGUUUUUUAUUAUUUUACUCUUUUAAAUUAAGCUUUAUUUUUUAAGGUAUGCUUCUGAGGCCCUACGAACUGGUCAAUACACAUCGGAAUGCGACGUUUUUUCCUGGGGAGUGUUGUGCUGGGAGAUCUUUUCGGAUGGAUCUGAACCUUAUGCUGAUUUUACAUUAGAAAAGGCUGUCGAAAAGGUAUGUUAAGACUACAACAAUUUAAAAAAAUAUUUUAGUUUGUUGCCUAAAAUUGAAAAAAAAAAUUUUUUUAACUUUGUUAUCUAAUAACACUUCAUUUUAGAUCACAGCUGAAGAACUUUUGCAAUUCCCGGCUUCUACUCCAAUCUUCCUUGUCAACAUGGUCAUUUGGUACGUGUGGUGCUCGGUGGAACGUCGCUUAACAAUGGCGAAAGUCUCUAAGACGUUGGAGUCGUCCAAAAUGGUACCAAUGGCAAAAAUGGCACCAGACAGUUCUCUAAAACAAGCUGGCUUACAAGAUCAAGGCAGUGUUCGAAAAACGAAACGAAACAAAAGGAAAAUGGGACAAGAUGCACUAGUGGCAGCAGCGGAACCAAAAAUGGAAACAAUGGCACUAAAGACGGAAACUAUGGCACCAACUGCGUCUGGAAGCAACGCUGAGCUAGAAAGACAAGAUCAAAUGAGUACUAGAGAGGCAAGACAAAGGGAAGGUAAAAUGGGACCAAUGGUACCACCGUCAAAAAAGCUAACAGUGGCACCAUUAACCUCUGAAACUAACAUUGAGCCACAAAGACAAGAUCAAAGUAGUACUAGAAGGACCAAACGAAGCAAACGCAAAGUGGCAAAGAAUGUACCAGUGGCACCAACUGCACCAAAACAGGAAUCAAAGGAAUCCGAGGAAGAAGCAAGCUCUGAAGUCUCUGUUGAGCCACAGAGAUUGGUACCAGCUGGUGCUAAAGGAAGAAGUAGCAAGGAAAAAGUGGCACAAUCUGUACCAACUAGGUCUCGAAGCAAACAAUUGGUAUCACCAACAAAACGAAGCAAAUCAGCCUCUCAGAGGCUGGAAUCAUGA